AUGAGAACCUACGACGACACCUUCUCGGGCCAGAGGAUCUACCCUGGAAAGGGUAAGCUCUACGUCCGUGGCGACAGCAAGAUCUUCCGUUUCCAGAAUGGCAAAUCCGAGUCCCUCUUCCUCCAGCGCAAGAACCCCCGUCGCAUUGCGUGGACUGUUCUCUUCCGUCGCCAGCACCGCAAGGGUAUCUCUGAGGAAGUUGCCAAGAAGCGCACUCGCCGCACAGUCAAGUCCCAGCGAGCUAUCGUUGGUGCUUCUCUUGAUGUCAUUAAGGAGCGCCGUACCAUGAGACCCGAGGCCCGCUCUGCCGCCCGCUCUGCAGCCGUCCAGGAGGCCAAGGAGAAGAAGGCUGCUGCCGCCGCCGCCAAGAAGGAGGAGAAGGCCAAGCGCGCAAGCACCGCAGCCAAGGGACAGACCAACCGCAUCGUCGGCAAGCAGGGAGCCAAGGGCGCACAGAUGAAGGUCCAGGCCAAGACCCGUUAA